CGCAUAUACUGUUGGUAUUGUAAUCUUUUCAGUACUGACCUUGCAUACUUUGUAUAUAAUACAAAAAAAAUUUAUCCUCAAUAUAUAAAAAAUUCUAUUACUCGUUCUUUUUCAAUCACGAACAAUUCCACUGUUAGCAGUUCAACACCACUAGAUGUAAUUUUCUGAUGGGUUUCUCUUUCAAGUAGUCAAUCCUAAAAGCGACUUUAUUAGAUCUGGUUUUUCCGUAGAAAAUGGAUAUACAAUUGCAAAACCUGGGAUCAGAUGAGUUUUCAAAAUACGCGAAUACCUACUUAUUGAACCAAAGAUUAGUUAUAUCAGAAGAAGAAAGCGUUGUUCUUCAUCCUUAUAAAGAAAAUUAUCAAAGGGCGCUUGUAUUAACCAUAUUGGAGAUACUUUCUUUAGGAUUAUUUAGAUUAUUCCUCCUAUGGUUUCCUCAAUAUAGGGUUAGCUGGACAAGCCAGGCAUGUGGGAUUGACGAUAUAGAGUAUGUGGAAAUUAUUGAUCAGAAAGGGAAUAGCUCCCUUGAAAGGGUGUGUAAACGGUCUUUUCAACAGCCUGUACCACUCUCAAACUCGCAAUUACCAAUUUUUAAGUCCAUUCCGUACUUCAGCUACAGAAGCUUAGAUAUUUAUCUAAAUGUCGUAACGUCCGAAUGGGUUUUGCUUUCACCAGAAAUACACGCUUUUCAAUUAUUCGCGUCUCAACCAAAUUAUUUCAAUUGCGGUCUGAAUACUCAAACAGUUUCCAACCUUCGACAAAUAUAUGGACCAAAUUUAUUGAAGCUAGAAGAAAAAACGACAGUGAACAUUUUGUGCUAUGAGGUAUUGCAUCCUUUCUAUUUAUUCCAAUUAUUUUCCGUGAUAGUUUGGCUUUGUGAUAAAUUCAUUUUUUAUUCCUGUUGUAUUCUUAUAGUUUCGCUGUAUAGCAUAUAUUCUGCUAUUAAAGAAUCGAAAAGUUCUGACGCUCGUAUACAUUCCAUCAUUGGCGACUCUGGUACAUUAACCGUUAUCCGAGAUAAUAAAAAGAAAAAUAUAUACGGAGACGAAUUAGUAAGUGGAGAUCUAAUUUGCCUAACUAGCGAUGAGUGCAAAGUUUGUCCUGUUGAUGGUAUUCUACUUUCUGGUACUUGUAUGGUAGACGAGAGCAUGCUUACUGGAGAAUCCUUACCUGCAACCAAACAUGCUUUAAAACACUUAUCCUUGGAAUAUUUUCUUAAUAAUGCGUAUAACGUGUUCUCACCCCAUGUACUUCAUGCUGGUACUAAACUUCUACAAAUUAAUAGCACGCUGGAAAAUCCUUGCUAUGUUAUAGCUAUUCGGACGGGAUUUUCGUCCAAAAGGGGACAAUUAAUUCGAGAUUUACUUUAUCCCCACACGAGAGUUUCACAAUUGUAUAAAGAUUCGAUGUCUUUUCUGAAAUUAAUGAUCACCUUCUCUCUCUUUUUCGUUCUUUUCCUUUCUCUGUAUCUAUACAAACAUCACGCUUCUUUCAGUCAUAUUCUUCUUCGAUCCCUGGAUGUCGUUACCAUUUUAAUUCCCCCGGCAUUACCAGCUACCCUUUCUAUUGGAAUCGCAAAUGCUAUUUACAGACUCUCUCAGAAAUAUAUAUUAACUUCAAAUCCAGAGUGCAUAUCCACCGCUGGAAAUACAGAUAUAUUUGUUUUUGAUAAAACAGGUACUAUAACCGAAGAAAAUGUUCAGUUGUCUUGCACAUAUAUAAAAAAUGCACAUAACAAUUUAGAAAUUGCUCGAUGUGCUAACGAUUUUUCUGCGUCACAAACGAUGAUUUCAAAUAUAAGCACUUGCUGUCAAUCCUUGCAACUAAUUAACGGAAGUAUCGUAGGUGAUCCUUUGGAGUUGGCAUUGUUUGCCUUUUUUCAAGGACGCUUUAUAAAUUCUUAUGAACUUAACUCUGGAUUGCACAAUGCUUUAUUUGCUGUAACAAGUGGACUGGCAGGUGAAGACGCCAUUUAUACUAUACCAAGAUCCUUCGAAUUUGAUCCUGUUAUUAGGAGAAUGUCUGUCAUUGCUAUUAGCGAAAAUAAAAAGACUCCAAUGUUGUUUUCCAAAGGUGCGGUCGAAUCAAUCUUGAGCAUUUGUUCUCCAAAAACGAUUCCGGAAAAUCUUUACAACGUAUUAGAUGAAUUAUCCUCCAAAGGGUUUAGGGUAUUAGCAUGUGCAUGGAAACCUCUGAGAACCGACACAGACGUUCAACAGAUACUUCGUGAGUCAGUGGAAAAGAAUUUAAAUUUUGAAGGAUUAUUGGUUUUCGAAAGCAAAAUAAAAAGGGACUCGUACAGUGUGAUGAAUGUGUUUAAUAAAGCAAGCAUUCACAUUGCCGUAUGUUCUGGUGAUAGUUUAUAUACUAGCUUGUACGUCGGUAAAAAAUCGGGUGUUUUUGGCUCCUCGUCCCUUAUUUAUGUUAUGGAUAAUGAAGAAAAGUUUAAUUAUGAUCAUUCAGUCAACGAUGAUGUGAAGUUCAAAUUGUACAAUGUCAAGGAGGAUUGCUAUUUACCCGUUGGAUAUCCUAAUCCUAUGGUUCUUGAUUCUAUAAUAAGCGAUGAUAAUGCAGCUAUGGCGAUUACUGGGUGUUUUCUACAAAGAUUGACAGAAUCUCUUAAUAAAGAGAAGCUGAAAUGUAUUAUAAAGAAGACAAAAAUUCUGGCAAGGAUGUCACCAACCGAUAAACUCAAAUACGUUGAGCUUUGUAAAAUGCUCGGAUAUACAGUUGGAUUCUGUGGUGACGGAGCAAAUGAUUGUUUGGCUCUAAAACGGUCCGAUGUGAGUGUAUCUCUAUCGGAUACGGAGGCUUGUGCUGCUGCUUCAUUUAUUAGCCAGAAGAAGUCUAUCAUUGACACAAUAACAAUCAUAUUAGAAGGAAGGUGUUCUAUUGUUACCAGCUAUCGUUGUUUUCAAUACAUGGUAAUGAGUGCGAUUAUUCAGUUUUCAGGAACUUUUUUUUUAUACUUAAAAAAUUUUAAUUAUAGUGACUCCCAGUUUUUAUUUAUGGAUUUUGCAGUCGUAUUCCCCUUGUCUGCUGCAAUGAGCCAUUUUACAUCAAGCGAUAUACUUACACCCAACGUGCCUUCCACAACUUUAUUCGAAAAAUCAAGUUUGUAUUUUUUAGGUAUAAUUUCUGGGGUAGUCAUAUUGUCUCAGUGGUUACUGAAUCUGUUCUAUGUAAAGUUUGACUUAACCACUCUUCCAACAUGGCAGGCCGGAGAAUCAGAUACCAAAAAUAUCUUAGUUUCUUGCUCUUUUUUGUUAACUUUUCUGCAAUACAUUGGAGUAAAUCUUGUCAUUAAUCGGAAAUCCGAGUUCCUUACGCCUACAUGGAAAAACAAGACUUACGUUACGUCUUUAAUAAUUAUCUCAAUUAUUUUCCUUUUUAUAUUCUUUUUAGCAGGGCAAUUUUGGAUUUCAAAAGUGUUACACAUUGUCUUCUUACCUAUGUCUUAUCGGUUCAUCAUCGUGUUUCUAGGUGCAGGGCCGUUUUUCAUUCUUUAUUUCAUCUUAUAAUUAACGAAAGCAUACUCUUUACGAUGGUUUAGUUAGAGAGAUAGAUUUCAUACGUAACCGGUAUAAUUUAUUUAAUCUUCUAAUUAUAUUUUGAAAUCAGCUUUGAAGUGUACCUUGUCGUUCAAGCUGCUUGUGCAUCUUCUUCCAAAUGUUGAUUUCCCCAUAUUGAGCGGGAGGGUGUCC